AUGGGUGCCGGGGGACCUGGAAGGGCUGUGGCUGGAGUCAGCGGUGGUUCCGGCCCUGAUGCCCAGGGUUCCAGCCUCACGGUGACUCCUGAGAACUCAGAAAGACUGCUGGCGAUCCCACAGCGAGGGGUGAGGACAGGAACUGCAGCCAGCUCUGAGGAGUUCGGUGCCAUUGCUGAGCUACGGUCGGAUGGCUGGUGUCGCUUGGUGCCCAUGACGGAACUUCACCCAGGAAACCCCUCCUCCAGCCACAACUAUUUCCUUGUCAACUCCCAGCAGGGGUGGACUCACGUGAGACUCAACAUCUUUCCGGCCCUGCACCAUGAAUCAAUCACACUUGCUAGUACCGACGAGAACGGCCUUCUCCUAGUUCCAGGGUGUGAAUGGGCCGUCUUCUGGCUGGCCCAACCUGGGGUUAUGACUCAAAUCGAAAUCGACACUACACAUUUUAAAGGCAACUCUCCAGACAACUGCAAGGUGGACGGCUGCGUCCUCACCACGCAGGAGGAGGCAGAGGCGGCCAAGCGGAAGUGGCUCCUUCCAGCCCCGAAGUGGAAGCCGCUGCUUCCGGUCACGAAGCUGUCGCCCAACGAGAGCCACGUGUUCGACAGCCUCACGAGGGAGCGGCAGGACGUCAUCACGCAUGCGCGGCUGAGCAUCGCCCCAGAUAUGGGUACGAGCUGCCUGCGCCUGCGCGGCUUCCCCAGCUCCAUCUGCCUGCUGCGGCCGCGCGAAAGGCCGAGCAUGCGCUUCUCGGUGAUGGCCGGCUUCGAGGCCAGCCUGUAG